AUGUCUCAGCCUAUGCGUCCUCGUUUCAUACCAUCGCGAUGCGAUGGGACUGAGGUGGAUGGGCCUCUGGCAUUCGAGGGCGGUGAUCCCCACUGGUUGCCCCUCGUCUGGUGUCCUGCUGAUUUUCCUAUCGAGCUGUUUGAAGUCGCAGUCUCCCAGCUCAUCCAUCAUCCCGAAUACAACUCUACACUGAUCUUGCGAUCAAAUAUGCUCUCCGACACCACAGCCGACUUCCCUCCGUCAGUACCUCUGCUUAGGGACUUGAUUCCGACCCGGAAUGUCUGUCGCAAACUUUUGCCUCGCCGACCCGGACGUGAUGCCGGCUUGGAACAGCACUGCACACUAUAUACUUCUGCGCACGGAGAUCCGUCUCCUUCAACUCUAGUACUGACACCUCUCGUGGAGCCCGGGAGCUCAUUGCCAUACUAUCACCCGACCGUGACUCACCUCGCCUUCCGCUACAUCCUUACCGACCCGCCGGUUUUGCGGAUAGAAGUAGUCCCUCUUCCAUCCACGCCGACCGACGUGAACUCUAGGAUCUAUAGGACAUGUCUCGCGCUUCUAGAGACGUUGCACAGGUAUGGCUGGGGUGCGAUGACCAAUUACAAGAAGCGCGUCUUGCAUGACUGUAUCAUCCCGCGCGAGCCGUACCAGGACCUGUACCUGGUCAUGCGCGAGCGGCAUAAGCAUGUGGUCGACACUUGGCAUGAGGUGACGGAUCCGUCGAAGCACGUCUUUGAGGAUAUCGGGAUUGCGACGUUCUUGAUGUUGCUGUGGAAAGACAUGUAUAACACAGAUGAGUCUUCCCGAGGUAGUGGGCAAGUGGCAUACGAGAGCGAACCUUGGAGGUCCUGGCCUCGCCCGCUGAAUGGAUUCCUUGACCUGGGAUGCGGGAAUGGUCUCCUCGUGCACAUCUUGACCGCGGAAGGGUAUCUUGGCCAUGGAAUAGACCUACGUGCUCGCACAUCCUGGUCCCACUACCCAGACACGACCCAAUCCCAGCUCCAUGUUGAAGCCUUGGACCCGACCAUCUUCGCGGACCCAGCUGUCUCCGAGCUACCUCCCUAUCUCCGUGCCGGGACAUUCAUCAUCGGAAACCAUGCAGACGAACUAACACCCUGGGUCCCGGUCCUCUCGACGCUGUGUUCCGCGUCGGGAUACCUAUCGAUCCCAUGCUGCGCCUGGACCUUCGACGCGCGGUAUGAACGGUCCAGCACGCCACCAUAUCCCGUUCCAGACGCGAACUUCGUGGAAAACCUCAAUCUGGGCGGAGACGGCAGCAAUAAGAGCUCAUACUCGAUGUAUCGGAUCUGGCUCGCUUCUUUGAGCCUGCAUUGCGGAUGGAAGGUUGAAUGUGAGACCCUGAGGAUACCAAGUACGCGCAAUUGGGCAAUUAUAGGAAGGAAGACAGCAUACGGUUCUACGGAAGAAGCAGAUAAGGUACGACAACGAGUCGAGCAAAUCGUACAAUUCGUGUGUGAGAGAGGCAUUUUCAGAACACGGCGCCCGGAAGGAAGAGCCGGAGAUCAUUGA